AUGAGGUCUUUUCCUUUAAGAAAUAGCUUCAACUCUAUAAAUACAUCCAAAUGAAUCUGUAAUUAACUUUGCAGCAGCAAGAAAUAGUGAAAAUUGUUGCAGCAAUGGAGCUCACUCUUUAUUGCACUAUACUUUUAGUUUUCCUACUCACGCUAAGGCAUUUUCUAGUGAAGCAACAAAGAAACAACAAACCUCCAAGCCCACCUGCACUUCCACUGAUAGGCCAUCUCCAUCUGGUGAAAGAGCCAUUGAAUCAAACUCUACAAGCUCUCUCGGCCAAGUACGGCGACAUAUUGUCGCUUCGGCUUGGCGUCCGUAAGGUCCUCGUCGUCACCUCCCCUGCUGCUGUGGAAGAAUGCUUCACCAAGAACGAUGUCAUUUUCGCCAACCGGCCGUCCACCCUCUCGACAAAGCAUUUCAGUUAUAACUACACUACAAUAAGUAUAGCCCCCUAUGGAGAUCAUUGGCGAAACCUACGUCGUCUUGCAGCGCUUGAGAUCUUUUCCCCUGCUCGGAUUGCCAUGUUCACAGCCACGAGGAGACGGGAACUGUCACUUCUGCUAAAUGAACUCUUGCGCGAUGCAGAAGCAGGUGGGGGAUCGACAAAGGUGGAUCUGAAGUCCAAGUUCAUCGAGCUGGCUUUUAAUGUGCUUUCGAUGACUAUAGCUGGGAAAAGAUACUAUGGAGAGAAUGUGGUCGACGCCGAGGAGGCGAGAAGGGUUAGAUUCAUAAUCAGGGAGAUGCUCGAGUACAGUGGGAAUACGAAUUUAGGCGAUCUUUUACCGUUUUUACAGUGGGUGGAUUUCCAGGGCCUGGAGAAGAGGUUUGCGGCUUUAAUGGAAAAGCUUGACAAGUUUAUGCAGGACUUGGUAAAUGAACGCCGUGAAUUGAUGUUCAAGGCUGGACUUUACGGUGGAAACGGUGGACAUUCCGGGAAGACGAUGAUCGAUCACCUGCUAUCAUUGCAAGAAAAUGAACCGGAGUAUUACACUGAUGAGCUCAUCAAAGGAAUUAUACUGGUGCUGCUCAUUGCAGGCACGGACACGAUGUCAAUAAGCAUGGAAUGGGCAAUGUCGCUACUACUUAACCAUCCUGCCGCUAUAAAAAAAAUAAAAGCUGAAAUAGAUGCUAACGUUCCAGCGGAUCGCCUCUUAGACGAGCAAGACCUGCCUAAGCUAAGCUACUUGCAGAACGUAAUCACAGAAACUCUACGUUUAUACCCACCGGUCCCGUUCUUGAUACCUCAUGAAGCCUCUGAAGAUUGUACAGUUGGUGGCUACAACAUAUCGAAGGGAACAAUGUUGCUAGUCAAUUUGUGGUCCAUUCACAGGGAUCCAAGAUUAUGGGACGAGCCAACAAAGUUUGUGCCUGAGAGACACGAGACAAUGAACGGAGAAGGGUUUAUGCUCCCAUUUGGAGCCGGAAGGCGUAAAUGCCCUGGUGGGGGUAUUGCCGGCAGGGUGCUUGGAUUGACACUCGGGACAAUGAUUCAGCUCUUCGAGUGGGAGAGAGUUAGCGAUGAAUUGGUGGACAUGACGGAAGGUACAGGGUUCAGUAUACCAAAGGUUAAGGCCUUGGAGGCUGUAUGCAAACCAAGGGAAGCCAUAGAGAAGUUUUCUUUACUCCUUAAUUGAGAUUGGUUUUGGUUUCUGGUCUAUGUUUGCCACAUAUGCUUCUUUGUGUUUGAUCACAAGCUCAUCAAGUAUGAUUUCAUGUGCUUCUUUCCAUGUAGGCUGUAAAGUUUUUCAUAGAGGGUCUUAGAGAAGGCUUAUAACCUCUUCAAAACAUAUUGUGAAAUGUGGGGAAGUUUAUAAGGUGAAGAGUGUGGCAACUUC